UUCAAAUAUGGAAAUAGAACGUCGACCGUUAGAAGCACCUUGAGCGUUCGAAAGCUGGAAGUUUUAUGACAGCGUUGUGUCUUAUUUCAUAGAUUACUCUUUUAUUUACCAUUGCUAUUGAGUUAUAAAGCAUACGAUUUUUACCGACACGUAAACAUGGAGUCCGCCGCUAAAGUCCGACCGCCCUUGACAUCACGAAAUCCCAAUAUAAUAAGUAAGCUUCGCCCACCAAGCAAAGUAAAUCUACCAUUAUCAACUGUUAAGCGCCGAAGACCGGCAGACCAAGUAGCUUCUGAGGAACCAAUAUCCAGUAAAAUUGCAAGGAACUCAACCACUUUGCGUCGUCAAACUACGACUUGUGCUUUGACAAGAAGAGCCCUACCCUCUGCAAGACCACUUUCCGCAAGACCACCCUCUGCAAGACCACCCACCAGUAGGACUGCUACAAAAGCUGUCUCCACUGAUCAAGCAAAAAGACAGCUACAGCAGACACAGCAGGCCUCUGCAAAGAUCCAAGAUCUUCAGGCUCAAAUCCUCAGUACUGAGGAUGAACUCCGCUCACUGCAGCUAAAGCAUGACUUUGAGCUGGAAGUACACAAGAGUAAGAUCAAAAGCAUAGAGACAGAGAAAAAUAAUCUGCAACAAGAUUUGUGUGUAGCAAAGGAGGAGAAUACUGCUCUGAGGGUAACCUUGGCACAGAUGGCCGCACAGAAACUUGAAAUUACUACUGAGCUUCAGGCCACAAAGGUUCAGCUACAAGCUGCUAUUGAAGAUAACAAAUUGAAAAAGGAAAAUAUUUUGAGUCUAGAGAACUUGGUUCAAAUGUUGAGAGCAACCAUCAUGGAAAAUGAGGAUAAGUUGCGUCAAGAGGAGAUGACACGCAGAACACUUCAUAACACAAUUCAAGAACUUAAAGGGAAUAUUCGUGUGUUCUGCAGGGUACGACCCCCAUUGCCAAAUGAAAUGAACAAGGAUCUUGUGAAUGUUUCCCUGCAAGAUGAGGGGAGAGGAAUCGCUAUCACACCGUCCAACCUUCCCGAGGAUGUGAUGGCCACUAAAAAGGGGGUGUCGAAGUACGAGUUCAGCUUUGACAAGGUUUUCCAGCACACGAGCAAGCAAGCCCAAGUGUUUGAAGAGAUCUCCCAGCUUGUCCAGUCUGCCUUGGAUGGGUAUAAUGUGUGCAUCUUUGCAUAUGGUCAAACAGGGAGUGGAAAGACCUACACCAUGGAAGGUGACCACAACAACCUGGAGCAUAGGGGAAUGAUCCCACGAUCCAUGGAGCAAGUGUUCUUGAAUACACACAAGCUACAGGAGAAAGGCUGGAAGUACAAGAUGGAUGUCAGUUUCUUGGAAAUCUACAAUGAGACAAUCCGCGACCUUCUGGGAUCUGGGGACGAGACAAUCAAGCAUGAGAUCAAAAUGGUGAAUGGCAGCAACAGCACAAACUCGCAAGUCAUGGUAACCAACUUAAAGACGUUUGAGGUCGAGGAUGAGUCACAGGUGUACAGCUUACUCAAGACAGCAUCUCAAAACCGUGCUGUUGGGGCUACCGCGUGCAAUGAGCGAUCAAGCCGAAGCCAUAGUGUGUUUAUCAUGAAGCUGACCGGCGAAAACUCUAUCACAGAGGAGAGCUGCUCAGGUACGUUGAAUCUUGUGGAUCUUGCUGGUUCAGAGCGCUUAGGUCAAUCCUGUGCCUCUGGUGAUCGCCUCAAAGAAACCAAGAACAUCAAUAAGAGUCUUAGCACUCUGAGCAGCGUCAUCAUUGCACUUGCGAACAAGGAGGGUCAUGUUCCUUACCGCAAUAGCAAACUCACCUAUUUGCUAAAAAACUCCCUUGGCGGCAACAGCAAAAGCCUUAUGUUUGUGAAUAUCUCCCCACGUGAAGAGUCAUUGCAGGAAACCCUGUGCUCUCUCAGGUUCGCCACUAAAGUUAACCAAUGCAACAUUGGGACUGCACAGAGAAAAGUAACCAAGUAAAUCCAAGUGAACUUAUUCCUUGCUUCUGUUAAUAGGACAUGUAAAUGAGCAGACAAGCUGCUUCUAAUGUAUUACUUAUCCCAGUGUAAUUACAAAGACCUCCAAAUCUUUAAAAAACUAGUUUUGAAAAGAGAACACCAACUGCCACCACUAGACUGCCAGCCGCUAGCACACUAAACACAAGGUUCCUGUGUAAAAGGGAUAAGACCACCCUUUCAUACAUUUCAUUUUUUACUAUUUUUUGGCACAGGUAAUAAUGUGUGGAAAGCUUUUGGCUUUGAUUCCUUUAUAAAAAAAACAGUUUCUUAUAAAACAGAACAAAUUUGCUUUUACUUUUUAUGUCCAUAAAUUGAUAUGGAGAAUAGUUUUCUAAAGUUUUCACUUUUUAUAUGGUUUGUUAAAACGUUCGGAAAUUCUUGAGAACACUGACACACUUGCGUCUGCAGCUGUGUUAAGAAACUGAUAAAUUAGUUAUUUGCUGUUCACUACGUUUUCAGUACAAAAAGUUUGAAUUUUGCGCUAUCAUAAUCUAACCCAUCUUCGUGUGAUGAAAAUGCUCGUAUUUUAGCACGCAUAUAGCUUGGUAUAGCAUUAUUUUACCAUAAAUAGAAACAUUUAGGUGGACGAGUCUAUUAGAAUGAUAUUUAAUUUGAAUUUAUCGCUCAGAGCAAUUGCCCUGACAUCAUUGACGACUGAUUGUACUUUUUGUCUUGAGCCCGGGGUGGGAGGAGCUUUCCCCUUUAUAGCGGAACCUCGUGUUUAAAAGACUUACAUCAAUAUUGUCAGUCUUGCACAAUCCCAUAGCAAAACGAUUGCAAGGGAAAGCUUUUUUCUAUAGGUUUCAACAGUACCCAUGUUCAAUCUGACUACGAAACAGCGAGAGGCAGCCGAGCUAGCUUAGGUAUAGCACGCGGAACACCGAGCUAGCUUAGGUAUAGCACGCGGAACACCGAGCUAGCUUAGGUAUAGUAUGCAGAACAUCGAGCUAGCUUAGGUAUAGUAUGCAGAACAUCGAGCUAGCUUAGGUAUAGUAUGCAGAACAUCGAGCUAGCUUAGGUAUAGCAUACCAGAACAUCGAGCCAGCUUAGGUAUAGCAAUGGUUGCAGGUGAUAUUGUAGCCUGUAUGUAAGGGAGGUGGAUUUCUACUUGCAAGAUUGCAGAGGCUUUGUAAGUAUGAGAUUACACAUUGCAAGCGUGUAUGACUAAAAAAAACUGUAGAAUAAUGAGGUGGUCUUCAUAGGUGUGGUGUAAUCAUACAAGUUUGAUAACUAGGUUUUGGUGCAAGAAGAGAUGGAUGUUGGACAAGAAGGAAUGGGUAGCCUACAAGAAGGGAGUGGUUGUGUAUAAGAAUGGAUCGGUGGUACACAACAAGAGGUGAUGGGUUGUGCACAAGUAGGAAUGGGUGGUGUACCAAGAAAGGAUAGUUUUGUGUAAGAAUGAAUUAGUGGUAUACAUGGGAUUGGUGUACAAGUAAGGAUAGGUGUUAUAUGCAGGUAGGGAUAGCUGGUGGCUGUACAAGUAGGGAUGGGUGGUGUGUAAAACAGGAUGUCUGGUAUACCUGAUGUGACGGGUAGUGAAUACAUAUUGCAGAUACACAGAUACAUUUCUUCUGAGAUUCAAGGGAACUUAUUUCACAUGAAGGCCAUUGGAAAUAAUUGUAUCGAUUCCAUCACUUAUAAAUAAACUUGAUUUGGUCGAUUUAA